CGCCUCUCCGCCAAUCGCCGCCCGUCCGCUCCCCUCGCAGCGGGUCCCUGCGAGGCCGCCUCCCCGGGGUCGCCGUCUCCGCCUCGCCGCAGUCGGGACAGCAGCUCAGUCCUUUCCCGCGUGUCCGACCAGGUCCCGGCAUGCCUUCCGAGACACCCCAGGCGGAAGCAGGGCCAGCAGUCUGCCCCCACCACUUAGGGCCGCCCUCGGCAAAGGGGAGCCUGGAGAAGGGGCCCGCAGGGGAUAAGGAAGCCAAGGAGCGCCUGUGGAUCCGGCCCGAUGCCCCGAGCAGGUGCACCUGGAAGCUGGGCCGGCCUGCCUCCGAGUCCCCGCAUCACCACACCGCCCUGGCAAAAGCUCCAAAAAUCUUGCCAGACAUUCUGAAGAAGAUCGGGGACACCCCCAUGGUGAGAAUCAACAAGAUUGGGCAGAAGUUCGGCCUGAAGUGCGAGCUCUUGGCCAAGUGUGAGUUCUUCAAUGCGGGCGGCAGCGUGAAGGACCGCAUCAGCCUGCGGAUGAUUGAGGAUGCCGAGCGUGCAGGGACGCUGAAGCCGGGCGACACGAUUAUCGAGCCGACGUCCGGGAACACUGGGAUCGGGCUGGCCCUGGCUGCGGCCGUGAGGGGCUAUCGCUGCAUCAUCGUGAUGCCAGAGAAGAUGAGCUCAGAGAAGGUGGACGUGCUGCGGGCCCUGGGGGCUGAGAUUGUGAGGACACCCACCAGUGCCAGGUUCGACUCCCCAGAGUCACACGUGGGGGUGGCCUGGCGGCUGAAGAAUGAAAUCCCCAACUCUCACAUCCUAGACCAGUACCGCAACGCCGGCAACCCCCUGGCUCACUACGACAGCACUGCCGAGGAGAUCCUGCAGCAGUGUGACGGGAAGCUGGACAUGCUGGUGGCCUCGGCGGGCACGGGCGGCACCAUCACGGGCAUCGCCAGGAAGCUGAAGGAGAAGUGUCCCGGAUGCAAGAUCAUUGGGGUGGACCCCGAAGGCUCCAUCCUCGCGGAGCCAGAGGAGCUGAACCUGACGGAGGUGACCACCUACGAGGUGGAAGGGAUCGGCUACGACUUCAUCCCCACUGUGCUGGACAGGACGGUGGUGGACAAGUGGUUCAAGAGCAAUGACGAGGAAGCAUUCACCUUUGCCCGCAUGCUGAUCUCCCAGGAGGGGCUGCUGUGUGGUGGCAGUGCCGGCAGCACGGUGGCCGUGGCUGUGAAGGCCGCGCAGGAGCUGCAGGAGGGCCAGCGCUGUGUGGUCAUCCUGCCCGACUCAGUGCGGAACUACAUGACCAAGUUCCUGAGCGACAGAUGGAUGGUGCAGAAGGGCUUCCUGAAGGAGGAGGACCUCUCGGUGAAGAAGCCCUGGUGGUGGCACCUCCGCGUUCAGGAGCUGAGCCUGUCGGCCCCGCUGACUGUGCUGCCAACCGUCACCUGCGAGCACACCAUCGCCAUCCUCCGGGAGAAGGGCUUCGACCAGGCGCCCGUGGUGGACGAGGCAGGGGUGAUCCUGGGAAUGGUGACGCUGGGGAACAUGCUGUCGUCCCUGCUUGCCGGGAAGGUGCAGCCAUCGGACCAAGUUGGCAAAGUCAUCUAUAAGCAGUUCAAGCAGAUCCUCCUGACGGACACGCUGGGCAGGCUCUCGCACAUCCUGGAGACGGACCACUUCGCCCUGGUGGUGCAUGAGCAGAUCCAGUCGCGGGACCAGGCCUGGGCAGGCGUGGUGGGGGGGCCUGCAGACCACAGCCCCGAGAAGUCCAGUCCUCGGCAGAUGGUGUUCGGGGUGGUCACUGCCAUUGACUUGCUGCACUUCGUGGCGGCCCAGGAGCGGGGCCGGAAGUGAAGUCUGGAGUGUGGAGCGGCCCCGGCACCUUCGCCCGCUUCACCAUCACUUUCCUGAGCCCUAAACACACACGAGAUUGGGAACUGCCUGGCCUGGCCCCCGUUAUCGCUGCAGACGGCGCGGAGCAUGGGUUUCCCUUCACUAACACGUGGCUUCCUAAAUGGCCUGUGUAUGUGCUAUGAGAUGAAAUGAGCUUUUCUCUAAUGUAGCUUGCUCUUAGGAUGUUUCGCCAAGGCAAUACUGAGCGUAGUCGGCCAGGUGGGAUGAACACAGGCAGUCUCUGGGCAGAGCAGAUUAAAGGCAAAAGAGAGUCCACGAUGGGGAUGCAGAAGGGGGCGGGGAGAAGCAUGGAAGUUUCCGCGUGGUCCAGCGCCGUCUGCUCAUGGUGGAGCUGGUGGGAGCACUGUGAGAGUUUGGGCUUUUAAAUUAAGGCGAAAUUCACAUAACCCAAAAGUCAAUCACUUUAAAGUGAAGCAUCAGCAGCAUUUAGUAAUUCAGAAUGUUGCAUAGGGACCACCUCUCAUGUUCCAGAACAUUCUCUCCUCACCCCAGGAAGCAGUCAUUUCCCCUCCUCUGUUCCUCCUCCCCAGGCAAUUGCUAAUCGACUUUCUAUCUCUGUUGUCUGAAAUAGGUUUUCCCUGUUCCAGACAGUUCAUAUAAAUGGAAUCAUGCA